AGGUGUUCCACUGAAAUAUAUAGAUAUCAUCAAGGAUAUGUAUGAGGGGGCAACUACGAGUGUGCGGACUACGGUGGGGAGGACAGAAGAGUUUCCUAUUACGAUCGGAGUGCAUCAAGGUUCUGCACUUAGUCCCUUUCUCUUUGCUCUAGUCAUGGACGAAAUAACGAGGUCAGUUCAAGAUGAUAUACCAUGGUGUAUGAUGUUUGCGGAUGAUAUUGUGUUGAUUGAUGAGACAAAGGAAGGUGUUGAGAGUAAGUUGGAAUUGUGGAGGCAUACAUUAGAAGCCCGUGGUUUUAGAUUGAGCAGAAGUAAGACGGAGUAUAUGGAGUGCAAGUUCAGUGGGGUUACAAGCAGCGAGGCGGGGGCGGUCACUUUGGAUAGCAAAGUGGUUCAAGGAUCGAACGUCUUCCGUUACCUAGGAUCCAUUCUCCAAAAGGAUGGAGAACUAGAUGGAGACAUGGCGCAUAGAAUUAACGCGGGUUGGUUAAAGUGGAAAAGUGCCACCGGAUUCCUUUGUGAUUCCGGCAUUCCCCAAAGAUUGAAGGGAAAGUUCUACCGCACUGCAAUUAGGCCUGCUUUAAUUUGUUAUAUGGCACCGAAUGUUGGGCGGUGA